AUGUUGGGCAACGGAUCACCACUCGCACUUCGGUGGAUGAUACUCUAUCGACAAGAUCAGUACUGGAAUGAUCUCUGUUUCGCCAUUGCCCAGUACUGGGAAAUUGUGUCCUGGGCAAACGAGCAACUGGUACUCACUGGUCUGAGCGAAACUAAUUGGGUGUAUGAAGUCCAUGUGGCCUUCAAGUUAUCUGCAUUGCAAUUCGGACUGGCAUUGCUCGAUUAUCAUAACUCUCUGAAAGGAAGCAAGUUUCCACGAGGGAGGAAAGCCUUGAGCCAGAGUAAGGGACGAGAGCCUUCAUCAGGAAGCAGCGACGACACUGACGAAUUGGACGACGAAGCACUUGGAAAUGUUGUCAGUGAUGAGGAGGAUCUAUCCAAUGAGAGAGCUGCAGGUAAGAGGAAGCUACAUGCAUCCUCACUUGGAAGCAGCAAUGAAAGUGACAAUGAUGGUUCUGACGAUGAGCAUGACACUUUGAAGCGGCUGGUCAUCCAUGACAAAGACGACAUUGGUACCGAUGAAUCGGAUGAUGACCUACCUGAAAGUUCCAAUGAAGAUGAUGUAUCAAGGGGCAUGCUCAUGCAAAGCAUCACAGACAUUGACAAGGAGGAGUGGGAUCAUGAGGCGCCCGCUGGUGCUGAAGUGACGCGAGUGGACGAUGUAGAGAUGGAAUUAGUUGAAGAGUCUCGGGAUUCCUUGUCCCCCAGAGCACUUUUUGACAAGGAAUGGGCAGCAUUUGAAGAGGAACAAGAGCUUCUUCGAUCGCGGAAUGCUCCAGAGAAGUGGACCGAGCCCGUUCCUGAUGCCACUGCUGGAGAUCAUGAUAUGCACACUGAAGACUUGCACGCAUCAGUGUUUCAGGAACUUGCUCUCCAAGACGAACCUGGUCAUGAGCAGAAUGCAAUUCCGCCAGCCCCGUCGCUAGAAGCGGAGUCUUCACCUCUAACCACGGUUGAUAUGAAGCUGGAGCUUCUGUCGCCAAGCUCUUUUCCUGUGCUGCCAGUACCUCUAAAGCAAGGGUUGGAAGAUGAGGACCCAGAGGAAUCACUGGACUUGAAACAGCACAAGAGCAACAUGAUAGCAAACAUUCCAGAUCUGAAAGAUCUUAUUGAAUCGACCAGUCAAAGUCUUGCCAGAUUGAUGGGACAUCCCUUGCCACCCGACUUGGUCAAAAAUAUAGUCGACGCGGCGGACCAGUUCCACUCGAAAGGAGCAUCAACACCAGGCUUAUCCGACAACAACAAUGUCCUCGAUUGGAGUGCUCAGGAUGUCCUCGAUCUGAGCGAGCUGGAACCGGACCUGGAAGCGGAUCCAGAACCCAAGUCUUUGGAAGCGGUGGCACAGUGGCAAGACCAUAUCAAAGAGGCCUUGCAGGCAUACAUGGCAGAUCAUAACCCUGUUUGCCCCCUCCUACCUGAUGUCCACGGCGUCACGGAGCCAAGUGAUUUGUACAAGUGUGUAUGUAAUGUCAUUGACAACAACCCCACCACAGGAUGGCACUUCCUCAGUGCCAGACCCAUGCUGAGCGUGGAUAGCCUGAGGCAGUUGCUCAAGGUGAAAGGGUCAUGGCUCAACGAUGACAUAGUCAAUGUCACUCUGCGUCUCUUGUGCCAAGAGUAUCCAUCUUGGGGAAUGGCAGACUCCCUGGUCGUCACUUCGAAGAAAGCAGCACCAUGGGGAUUGAAGGCAUUGUUGAAAGAACAUACGGAAUUAAGCAAGCAGAACUUUGCUCUCCCAGUCCACCAUGACAGGCACUGGGUGCUUUUCCACUUAGAUUUCGAGACCCGGAAUACCACCCCACAGAGCUUUUGGUCAUCUUUGAAGUUGGUCGUUCCCAAUCCUGAUGAUACAUUCCAUUUCGAGAUAGCGAAGGGAGUCCCUCAACAGCAUGAUUCUAUCAGUUGCGGUGUUUACACCAUUGCCUUCGCCUGGCAUUUAAUGCACUAUGGUGUUCCUCUGUCAUCGUGCAAUGAAAUCUUGGCUUCUGUUGGGUUUGCGAACAGUUACAGAUUGGACAUUCUAUACUUUCUAGCACAGAUGUUAUCCAGGGACCGUGAGAGAAUACCCUUUGAAGACACGGACUAUGUCCCAUCUGCCCUUAACUAUGCUACCCGAUCUGGGCAUCAAACGCAGCUGCCUGUGCAUAGGAGACAACCGGGUGAUCUGCCUUUAGUUCCUCGGGCACCCUCACCCAUAAUCAUUGAGGGCAGCCCGUGCUUGAGGAAUAGGAACUGGAGGGACGCUGCACAAGGUGAAGGACUGAUUGACGCCCAGGACGAAAUGCCACUCCGGGGCGAAACUGGUCUGCAAUCCAAUGCUACUUUAACCACUUUAUCGGACCUGUACCGUGCAAGGUUCGGUCACAGUGGUGGAACAAACUCUGGGAAUGGACAGUCCUUAACGAGUUUAUCAGACUGGUUUCAUGUGAGAUUCACCGGUCAUGGAGAUGAACCCAGCUCGGGGGAUGGCCAGGGUUCGGAACAUCCGGCAGAGAGAGGCAUGGCAGCUCCUUCCUGUUCGAUGAAAAGCGGAGACCCUCAUGACCUCAGCCAUGAUGAACACCCAAACCAGGGGGACCAUGCCUGUGGACGUUCUCAAUCACCCGAUCAGAAGGACAAUGAUGGUUUCAUGUCUGGCACGAACUUGAAUGACUAUGAUCUUGAUGAGCCCAAGCCGGAUGCAUAUCCGCUGUCCGAUGGAGAGGUGGAAGCUGCCCAGAAUGGAGAUUCCUUGCCACGUCGGGAGGGGGCCGGUGGCCAUGUGGGCGCCAAUGAGCGCUUGCAUGUAGAGGACAAUCCUGAACAGGGGAACCCAGUGCCAAUCUUAAGGUGUCCAAUCAACCUGUUUAUUUGUAUGGAAAACUCCGAAGGAUCUGAACAUGCCCAAGUGGAGUAUAACAUAGGCAUGCUGGAGGGAUUCGUGGGCAAAGCCCUUAGUGCGUUGUUGAGAGGGGGAGGAAGGACUGGACAUGCUCUCCAAGGGCUGGAUCAUACCGGUUGGACAGUGUCAACCUCCACGCGACCCUUGUGUCUUCAUGAAGGUGGUGGGGAGGAUUUGUCAUUCAGGGAGAUUGGCCUCUUGGACAAGGUCCUCGAGGAGGGCACUUCACUAUACAGGACUCCCCUGCUCAAGUGCCAAAUGUGUCCUGACACAGCAAGGAUACUCGUAGAGACCGGGCUUUCACAAGAUGAGCUUCAUGUCGUAUAUAUACACAGAGCGCCAAUGUCAUUAGAAGCAGGGACUGUGGAAGCUCCUGCUGAAGCAAAAGAAUGGCAAACCUGGGACAAGUGUUUUCUAGGGACGAUCCAACUGGUGCAGAGUCUAUUUGACCCAGAGUACAACGAGCCAUUCCGGGUGUAUUUGGGGGUGACGAUUCUCAUGGCGAUCACAGAACAGAUUGGCAGCAACAAGAAAGCCUUGCACAUGGGAAAGUGGGGCAGCCUUCUGGGUGUGCUAGCAUGGUUGAAAAGCCGGACUAGUUUACACAAGGUUGAAAUCUUUGAACGUUCCCAAAAGACAUUCGAGCACUACUUCAGCUUUUGGAAAAAAGUACAGUCACUCAGACACUAUCUCAGUGCCUAUGAUUUUGGUGAGGAGGUCAAGCCACAGGACUGGCAGCGGUGGGAGAUGUUGGAAAUGAUUGCCACCUGGCAAGGUCUGCCAUCUCAGGCAGAUACUUUGACAAUGAACCCAUUGACAGAGGAAGAGCUCUUUCAUGUCAAACAACCCCUCUCUCUUUCACAUGCUGAAUUACUUUUUAAGAAUGUACUGCCCAAAAACUAG